ACGGGGGAUCGGGGCGGAGAGAGCCGGCUCUGCCUCGGGGAAGGAGGGGAUGAGAGUUGGGCAGAGCGGCGGGAGGCGGCGGCCGGCGAGGAGCCAGCGCUGGGUCCUGCAGGAGGACUCCCGGGAGCCACCAUCAUGGUGAAGAGGAAGAGCUCCGAGGGCCAGGAGCAGGACGGCGGCCGCGGCAUCCCGCUGCCCAUCCAGACCUUCCUGUGGCGGCAGACCAGUGCAUUUUUGAGGCCUAAACUGGGGAAGCAAUAUGAAGCCUCGUGUGUGUCCUUUGAACGAGUGUUGGUAGAAAACAAGCUGCACGGCCUCUCCCCAGCCCUCUCUGAAGCCAUCCAGAGCAUUUCCAGAUGGGAGCUGGUGCAAGCUGCUUUGCCUCACGUCCUCCACUGCACGGCAACCCUGCUUUCCAACAGAAACAAGUUAGGCCACCAGGAUAAACUGGGUGUUGCUGAGACAAAGCUCCUUCACACCCUGCACUGGAUGCUCCUAGAAGCUCCCCAGGACUGCAAUAGUGAGCGAUUUGGGGGCACAGACCGUGGCUCCAGCUGGGGUGGCAGCAGCAGUGCGUUCAUCCACCAAGUAGAAAACCAAGGUUCCCCAGGGCAGCCUUGCCACAGCAGCUCCAAUGAUGAAGAAGAGAACAACCGCAGGAAGAUCUUCCAGAACUCCAUGGCCACUGUGGAGCUCUUUGUGUUUCUGUUCGCUCCUCUGGUACACAGGAUCAAGGAAUCUGACCUUACGUUCCGACUGGCCAGUGGGCUUGUUAUAUGGCAGCCCAUGUGGGAGCACAGACAGCCUGAAGUCUCUGGCUUCACAGCCCUGGUAAAGCCUAUCAGGAACAUCAUUACAGCUAAGAGAAGCUCUCCCAUCAACAGUCAAAGUCAAACCUGUGAAUCACCAAAUCAAGACACAAGACAUCGAGAGGGACUCCAGGUGGUCUGCGAAACUUUCCCGUCAGAUCCCAUGUCACCCAAGGCCACCAUUUCAGGCUGCCACCGAGGAAAUUCCUUUGAUGGAAGUCUGUCCUCCCAAACUUCCCAGGAAAGAGGCCCAUCACAUUCCAGAGCCUCUCUUGUGAUACCUCCAUGCCAAAGGUCCCGCUAUGCCACCUACUUUGAUGUUGCUGUUCUUCGCUGCCUACUGCAGCCCCAUUGGUCUGAGGAAGGCACUCAGUGGUCUCUGAUGUACUAUCUGCAAAGACUGCGGCACAUGUUGGAAGAGAAGCCUGAAAAGCCCCCAGAGCCAGAUAUUCCUCUCCUGCCCAGACCCAGGAGCAGCUCAAUGGUGGCAGCAGCUCCCUCACUAGUGAACACCCACAAAACCCAAGAUCUCACCAUGAAGUGUAAUGAGGAGGAAAAAUCUCUUAGCCCUGAGGCCUUUUCCAAGGUUUCGUUGACCAAUUUGCGUAGGUCUGCAGUCCCAGAUCUUUCUUCAGACCUUGGCAUGAACAUCUUUAAGAAGUUCAAGAGCCGCAAAGAAGACCGAGAGAGGAAAGGCUCCAUCCCAUUCCAUCACACAGGGAAGAGGAGACCUCGAAGAAUGGGAGUGCCAUUCUUGCUUCACGAGGACCAUCUGGAUGUGUCCCCCACGCGAAGCACAUUCUCCUUCGGAAGUUUCUCUGGGCUUGGAGAAGACAGACGAGGCAUUGAGAAAGGAGGCUGGCAAACCACCAUUUUAGGGAAAUUCACCCGGCGGGGCAGCUCGGAUGCAGCCACGGAGAUGGAGAGCCUGAGUGCCAGGCACUCCCACUCCCAUCACACGCUGGUGAGCGACCUCCCAGAUCAUUCCAACAGCCACGGAGAAAACACUGUCAAGGAAGGUGGGUCGGAGGCAGCACCUGCCGGCGGGAGUUCAGUGAGAUCUCAGAUCUCCACUAUCACAGUGGCAACCUUCAACACCACCUUGGCAUCGUUCAAUGUAGGCUACGCAGACUUUUUCAGUGAGCAUAUGAGGAAGCUCUGCAACCAGGUGCCUAUCCCGGAGAUGACACAUGAACCCCUGGCUUGUGCAAACCUGCCCCGAAGCCUCACAGACUCCUGCAUAAACUACAGCUACUUAGAGGACACAGAACAUAUCGAUGGGACCAAUAACUUUGUCCACAAGAAUGGCAUGCUUGAUCUUUCGGUGGUUCUGAAGGCUGUUUAUCUUGUCCUUAAUCAUGACAUCAGUUCUCGUAUCUGUGAUGUGGCGCUGAACAUUGUUGAAUGCUUGCUUCAACUUGGUGUGGUGCCUUGUGUAGAAAAGAACAGAAAGAAGAGUGAAAAUAAGGAAAAUGAGACUAUGGAGAAAAGAGCAAGUGAGGGAACCUUCCAGUUCAAAGGAGUAUCUGGAAGUUCACCCUGUGGAUUUGGGGGCCCUUCAGUUAGUGGAGCUGGAGAUGGUGGAGGAGAAGAAGGAGGAGGUGGAGACGGAGGAGGUGGAGGAGGUGAUGGAGGAGGAGGUGGAGGAGGUGGUGGUGGACCUUAUGAGAAGAAUGAUAAGAACCAAGAGAAGGAUGAAAGUACACCUGUAAGCAACCAUAGGCUUGCUCUCACCAUGCUCAUCAAAAUAGUGAAGUCCUUGGGAUGUGCCUAUGGUUGCGGAGAAGGACACCGAGGGCUCUCUGGAGAUCGUCUGAGACACCAGGUAUUCCGAGAGAAUGCCCAGAACUGCCUCACUAAGCUAUACAAGCUAGAUAAGAUGCAAUUCCGACAAACCAUGAGGGACUAUGUGAACAAGGACUCUCUCAAUAAUGUAGUGGACUUCUUGCAUGCUUUGCUAGGAUUUUGUAUGGAGCCAGUCACUGACAACAAGGCUGGGUUUGGAAAUAACUUCACCACGGUGGACAACAAAUCCACAGCCCAAAAUGUGGAAGGCAUCGUUGUCAGCGCCAUGUUUAAAUCCCUUAUCACACGCUGCGCUUCAACCACGCAUGAAUUGCACAGCCCUGAGAAUCUGGGGCUGUAUUGCGACAUCCGUCAGCUGGUCCAAUUUAUCAAAGAGGCUCACGGGAAUGUCUUCAGGAGAGUGGCCCUUAGCGCUUUGCUUGACAGUGCUGAGAAGUUGGCACCAGGGAAAAAGGUGGAGGAGAAUGAAUCAGAAUCUAAGACUGCAGGCAGUAAAAGGUCAGAGGCGGGAAGCAUUGUGGAUAAAGGCCAGGUGUCCUCUGCACCUGAGGAAUGUCGCAGCUUCAUGUCUGGUCGCCCCUCACAGACCCCAGAGCAUGAUGAACAAAUGCAAGGGGGAAACCUGGGGCGUAAAGAUUUCUGGCGCAAGAUGUUCAAAUCCCAGAGUGCAGCAAGUGACACCAGCAGCCAGUCUGAGCAGGAUACUUCAGAAUGCACUACUGCCCAUUCAGGGACCACUUCUGACCGCCGCACCCGCUCACGGUCCCGCAGAAUUUCCCUCCGGAAGAAACUUAAACUCCCCAUAGGUAAAAGGAACUGGCUGAAGCGGUCUUCCCUCUCAGGCCUAGCAGAUGGCGUGGAGGACCUUCUGGACAUCAGCUCUGUGGACCGCCUGUCUUUCAUCAGGCAAAGCUCCAAGGUCAAAUUUACCAGUGCAGUGAAGCUUUCCGAAGGUGGACCAGGGAGUGGAAUGGAAAACGGAAGAGAUGAAGAGGAGAAUUUCUUCAAGCGUCUUGGUUGCCACAGUUUUGAUGACCAUCUGUCUUCCAACCAAGAUGGUGGAAAAAGCAAAAAUGUUGUGAAUCUUGGAGCAAUCCGACAAGGCAUGAAGCGCUUUCAAUUUCUGUUAAACUGCUGUGAGCCAGGGACAAUUCCAGAUGCAUCCAUCCUGGCAGCUGCAUUAGAUCUUGAAGCUCCUGUGGUAGCCAGAGCAGCUCUAUUCCUGGAAUGUGCCCGGUUUGUUCACCGCUGUAACCGUGGCAACUGGCCAGAGUGGAUGAAAGGGCAUCACGUGAAUAUCACCAAGAAAGGUCUUUCCAGGGGCCGCUCUCCCAUCGUGGGCAACAAACGGAACCAGAAACUGCAGUGGAACGCUGCCAAGCUCUUCUACCAAUGGGGAGACGCGAUUGGCGUCCGGUUGAAUGAGCUGUGCCAUGGGGAAAGUGAGAGCCCCGCCAACCUGCUGGGUCUCAUUUAUGAUGAGGAGACCAAGAGGAGACUGAGAAAGGAGGAUGAGGAGGAAGACUUUUUAGAUGACAGUAAGGAGACUCCCUUUACUACAAGAACCCCUGCUUGUACUGUGAACCCCUCUAAAUGUGGCUGCCCCUUUGCCUUGAAGAUGGCCGCAUGCCAGCUUCUUCUAGAGAUUACCACCUUCCUGCGAGAAACCUUUUCUUGCCUGCCCAGACCACGCACUGAGCCUCUGGUGGACUUGGAGAGCUGCAGACUUCGUUUGGAUCCUGAGUUGGACAGACACAGAUAUGAAAGGAAGAUCAGCUUUGCUGGGGUCCUGGAUGAAAAUGAAGACUCAAAAGAUUCCCUCCACAGUAGUAGCCACACGCUCAAAUCAGAUGCAGGUGCCGAGGAGAAGAAAGUUCCCAGCAGGAAGAUCAGGAUAGGAGGUUCCCGCCUGCUCCAGAUUAAAGGAACCCGCAGUUUCCAGGUGAAGAAGGGGGGUUCCUUGUCCAGCAUCCGCCGGGUCGGCAGCUUAAAGAGCAGCAAGUUACCACGGCAGGACUCAGAGUCCGAGGCUGAGGAGCUGCAGCUGUCCCAGAGCAGGGACACUGUCACUGACCUAGAAGGGAGUCCUUGGAGUGCAAGUGAGCCCAGCAUCGAGCCAGAGGGAAUGAGUACUGCUGGCACGGAGGAAAAUUAUCACAGGAGCAUGUCAUGGCUUCAUGUCAUGAUCUUGCUGUGCAAUCAGCAAAGCUUCAUCUGUACCCACGUUGACUACUGCCACCCUCACUGCUACCUGCACCACAGCCGCUCCUGUGCCCGGCUGGUCAGAGCCAUCAAGCUGCUCUAUGGAGACACCGUGGACUCCCUCCGGGAGAGUAACAGCAGCCAUGUGGCUCUCCGGGGCAAGAAACAGAAAGAGUGCUCAGAGAAGUCAUGCCUGAGGACACCUUCUCUGAAGAAGAGAGUUUCCGAGGCCAACCUGGAAGGGAAAAAGGACUCUGGAAUGCUGAAAUACAUCAGACUGCAGGUGAUGAGCCUGUCGCCUGCUCCUUUAUCUCUGCUAAUCAAGGCAGCACCAAUUCUGACAGAAGAAAUGUAUGGAGACAUCCAGCCAGCUGCCUGGGAGCUCCUGCUCAGCAUGGAUGAGCACAUGGCGGGGGCCGCAGCUGCCAUGUUCCUGCUGUGUGCGGUGAAAGUCCCCGAGGCUGUGUCUGACAUGUUGAUGUCAGAGUUCCACCACCCAGAGACCGUGCAGAGGCUGAAUGCUGUUCUCAAGUUCCACACACUCUGGAGGUUUCGAUACCAGGUCUGGCCCCGGAUGGAGGAAGGAGCACAGCAGAUUUUUAAGAUCCCGCCUCCCAGUAUAAACUUCACCCUGCCCUCACCAGUGCUUGGAAUGCCAUCUGUCCCAAUGUUUGACCCCCCGUGGGUCCCUCAGUGCAGUGGGAGUGUCCAGGACCCCAUUAACGAAGACCAGUCUAAAUCCUUUUCAGCCCGAGCUGUAUCCCGCUCCCAUCAGAGGGCAGAACACAUAUUAAAGAAUUUGCAACAGGAGGAGGAGAAGAAACGUCUUGGUAGAGAAGCCAGUCUCAUCACCGCCAUCCCCAUCACCCAGGAGGCUUGCUAUGAGCCCACCUGCACACCCAACUCAGAGCCAGAAGAAGAAGUAGAAGAAGUCACCAAUCUGGCAUCCCGUCGACUGUCUGUGAGUCCAUCCUGUACGUCCAGCACUUCCCACAGGAAUUACUCCUUCCGCCGAGGGUCUGUUUGGUCCGUGCGUUCCGCUGUUAGUGCUGAAGAUGAAGAACACACCACUGAACACACGCCAAACCACCAUGUGCCUCAGCCCCCACAAGCUGUGUUUCCAGCAUGCAUCUGUGCAGCAGUGCUCCCCAUCGUUCAUCUAAUGGAGGAUGGUGAGGUGCGGGAAGAUGGAGUAGCAGUGAGCGCUGUGGCCCAACAAGUCUUAUGGAAUUGUCUAAUUGAAGAUCCAUCAACAGUUCUUCGACAUUUUCUGGAAAAACUGACCAUCAGCAAUAGACAAGAUGAGUUAAUGUACAUGCUGCGCAAACUUCUCUUAAAUAUCGGAGACUUUCCUGCCCAGACGUCUCACAUCCUCUUCAACUACUUGGUGGGAUUAAUCAUGUACUUUGUGCGGACCCCCUGUGAGUGGGGGAUGGAUGCCAUUUCAGCCACUCUGACUUUCCUAUGGGAGGUGGUGGGUUAUGUAGAGGGCCUCUUCUUCAAGGAUCUCAAGCAGACCAUGAAGAAGGAGCAGUGUGAGGUGAAGCUCCUGGUGACCGCAUCCAUGCCAGGUACCAAAACCUUGGUAGUUCAUGGACAGAAUGAGUGUGAUAUCCCAACCCAGUUACCAGUCCAUGAAGACACUCAGUUCGAAGCCCUGCUAAAGGAGUGUCUGGAGUUUUUUAAUAUCCCAGAAUCUCAGUCAACCCAUUAUUUUCUCAUGGAUAAAAGAUGGAAUCUUAUCCACUACAAUAAGACCUAUGUUCGGGAUAUUUAUCCUUUCCGGAGGUCAGUAUCUCCACAGCUGAACCUUGUACACAUGCAUCCGGAGAAAGGACAGGAGCUCAUUCAGAAACAGGUGUUCUCUCGGAAGCUGGAGGAAGUCGGGCGGGUUUUGUUUCUCAUCUCCCUGACGCAGAAGAUCCCCACAGCCCACAAACAGUCCCAUGUCUCCAUGCUCCAGGAAGACCUCCUCCGACUACCCUCCUUCCCCCGAAGUGCUAUUGACGCUGAAUUUUCACUCUUCAGUGAUCCACAAGCUGGCAAGGAGCUGUUUGGCCUCGACACUCUUCAGAAAAGCUUGUGGAUCCAGCUCCUGGAGGAGAUGUUCCUGGGCAUGCCGAGCGAGUUUCCCUGGGGAGAUGAGAUCAUGCUCUUCCUCAACGUUUUUAAUGGGGCUCUGAUCCUCCACCCAGAAGACAGUGCCCUGCUCAGACAGUAUGCGGCCACCGUCAUCAACAGCGCCGUGCACUUCAACCACCUUUUCUCUCUCAGUGGCUACCAGUGGAUUCUCCCCACCAUGCUGCAGGUAUACUCCGAUUACGAAAGCAAUCCCCAGUUGCGUCAAGCCAUCGAAUUUGCGUGCCAUCAGUUCUACAUUCUACACCGGAAGCCAUUUGUGCUUCAACUGUUUGCUAGCGUGGCCCCUCUCCUGGAGUUUCCUGAUGCUGCCAAUAAUGGGCCCAGCAAAGGUGUGUCAGCUCAGUGUCUGUUUGACCUGCUACAGUCCCUGGAGGGAGAGACCACUGACAUAUUAGACAUCCUAGAGCUGGUCAAAGCUGAGAAGCCUCUUAAGUCAUUAGAUUUCUGCUAUGGAAACGAAGACCUGACAUUCUCUAUAAGUGAGGCCAUUAAGCUCUGUGUUACUGUGGUGGCAUAUGCUCCUGAGUCGUUCAGAAGUCUUCAGAUGCUGAUGGUCUUGGAAGCUCUAGUUCCCUGCUAUCUCCAAAAGCUAAAGAGGCAGACAUCACAAGUGGAGACAGUACCUGCUGCCCGAGAGGAGAUCGCUGCCACAGCUGCUCUCGCGACCUCCCUACAGGCCCUUCUGUACAGUGUAGAGGUCCUCACCAGGCCCAUGACAGCCCCACAGAUGAGCAGGUGUGACCAAGGUCAUAAGGGAACCACUACAGCCAAUCACACCAUGUCGUCUGGGGUGAACACCAGGUACCAGGAGCAAGGCGCCAAACUGCACUUUAUCAGGGAGAAUCUUCACUUACUGGAGGAAGGGCAAGGCCUUCCCAGAGAGGAACUGGAUGAACGAAUUGCUCGGGAGGAGUUCAGAAGACCUCGGGAGUCCCUGCUGAAUAUUUGUACCGAAUUUUAUAAGCACUGUGGGCCAAGGCUGAAGAUCUUGCAAAACCUGGCUGGGGAACCUCGGGUUACUGCCCUGGAGCUGCUGGAUGUGAAGUCACACAUGAGGUUGGCAGAAAUUGCACACUCUCUUCUGAAGCUGGCACCAUAUGACACCCAGACGAUGGAGAGCCGUGGGCUUCGGCGCUACAUCAUGGAGAUGCUACCCAUUACCGACUGGACAGCCGAGGCAGUGAGGCCAGCCCUUAUCCUCAUUUUAAAGAGAUUGGAUAGAAUGUUCAACAAAAUUCAUAAGAUGCCUACUUUGAGGCGACAGGUUGAGUGGGAGCCUGCCAGCAAUUUGAUUGAAGGGGUUUGUUUGACACUUCAGAGGCAGCCAAUCAUAUCCUUCCUGCCUCACCUUAGGUCACUGAUCAAUGUCUGUGUCAAUCUGGUGAUGGGAGUGGUAGGACCUUCCAGUGUUGCUGAUGGAUUACCCCUUCUUCAUCUCAGCCCUUAUCUCUCACCACCUCUGCCCUUCAGCACAGCUGUUGUCCGGCUUGUAGCAUUGCAGAUACAGGCUUUAAAAGAAGAUUUUCCUUUAAGCCAUGUGAUCUCUCCAUUCACCAAUCAAGAGCGAAGGGAGGGGAUGCUUUUAAAUCUACUCAUCCCAUUUGUGCUCACAGUAGGAUCUGGAAGCAAAGAUAGCCCAUGGCUGGAACAGCCUGAGGUGCAGCUGCUCUUGCAGACGGUCAUCAAUGUGCUCCUGCCGCCGCGCAUCAUCAGCACAUCGAGGAGCAAGAACUUCAUGCUGGAGAGCUCCCCCGCCCACUGCUCCACCCCAGGGGACGCAGGCAAAGACCUGCGUCGGGAAGGCCUAGCAGAGUCCACCAGCCAAGCAGCCUACUUGGCGCUGAAGGUGAUUCUCGUCUGCUUUGAGAGGCAGCUGGGAAGCCAGUGGUACUGGCUGAGCCUCCAGGUGAAGGAGAUGGCUCUGCGCAAGGUGGGAGGCCUGGCCCUGUGGGACUUCCUCGACUUCAUCGUGCGGACCCGAAUCCCCAUCUUCGUGCUCUUGCGCCCAUUCAUCCAGUGCAAGCUUCUGGCCCAGCCAGCAGAGAAUCACGAAGAGCUUUCUGCACGGCAGCACAUUGCUGACCAGCUAGAGCGACGCUUCAUCCCACGCCCUCUGUGUAAGAGCUCCCUCAUUGCUGAGUUCAACAGUGAACUAAAAAUUCUAAAAGAGGCAGUUCAUAGUGGCUCAGCCUACCAAGGGAAGACAUCCAUCAGUACUGUGGGCACCUCCACGUCCGCUUACCGCCUGAGCCUGGCCACCAUGUCCCGCUCCAACACGGGCACUGGCACUGUCUGGGAGCAGGACAGUGAGCCCUCCCAGCAGGCUUCGCAGGACACCCUGAGUAGGACCGAUGAGGAAGAUGAGGAAAAUGACUCUGUAAGCAUGCCCAGUGUGGUAAGUGAACAAGAAGCUUACCUCCUGAGUGCUAUUGGAAGGAGGCGGUUCUCCAGCCACGUCUCUAGCAUGUCUGCACCUCAGGCCGAGGUGGGCAUGUUACCCAGCCAAAGUGAACCUAAUGUCCUCGAUGACUCCCAGGGCCUGGCCGCCGAGGGCAGCCUCUCUAGGGUGGCAAGUGUACAGAGUGAACCUGGCCAACAGAAUCUCCUCAUUCAGCAACCACUGGGGAGGAAGAGGGGCCUGAGGCAGCUAAGACGUCCUCUACUGUCACGUCAGAAGACGCAGACUGAACCCAAAAACCGCCAUGGGGCCCGGCUGUCAACCACGCGCAGGAGUAUUCAACCUAAGACGAAGCCGGCUGCAGAUCAGAAACGUUCUGUGACCUUCAUUGAGGCUCAGCCGGAACCAGCAGCCGCCCCACCAGAAGCACUUCUGGCCACAGGCCAGUUACAAGGCUGCAGCCCAGCCCCAUCUAAGAAGCCAGAAGGAAUGGGCAAACCAGUCCUCACGUCUUCCCCUGCCAUUGUAGUUGCUGAUCUUCACAGCCUGUCUCCCAGGCAGAGGGAGCCUCUCCCCACUGAAGAAGGAGAAAAGAAAGAGGACACGGAAGUCCAAGGUGCUCCAGCACACAGCCCCCUCUCUACGCAGCUCUCAGCCCCUGAUGAAUUCACAGGCCUUGAGACAUCCAUCCUCCUACAGCAUGGAGACACCGUCCUUCACAUCAGUGAGGAGCAUGGCAUGGAGAACCCCCUGCUGUCCAGCCAGUUCGCCCUUACACCCACCGAGCUGGGGGAGACUGACGGAGACCUAGACGAGUCUCAUGUUUAAUCCUGUGUCUUGUAAGAGUGGCAGGUGUAGACAAGAUGUGGGAGGGAUCGCUUCAAUAAAGGUGAAUACUUUUGCUUGGGAAAGAUGAAAACACAGCACUUUACAUCCAACGGGUGACACAAAUCUCAGUAGAUUUUGCUGCUAAUGCGCACGUUGUUUCAUAAACAUCUUUAAAAAGUUGAUGGCUAAGAUAAUUUGGUUGUGUGAAGACCAUAAAAACCAGGGAAGAAAUAAGAGGAAAGAGCCAUUUCACUGCACAUUGUUUAUGAUUCAAGAAGCCUUGAGCAGUUAAAAAUAUAUACUAUUAUGGAGCUGCUUACCUAGGAAUAUUAACAAAUAUGUUCUAAAAAGAGAAUGCAAUUUUUGAGAUUACUCACAUUAUACAUCUCAUGCAAAUGUUUAUUUUUAUAGUUUCAAAAAUAUUAAAUCAGGUGGCUGUAUGAGUAGCAAUUUACAUAAAAAAUCAAUAAGGAAAAUAAUAGUUUGAGGAGACUAAUAAAUAAGCCUGCAGCCAUUUUUGCUUUGAUCGACAAUACAGCCAUUUGCAAGAAGAAAAAAAAAAUACUAUUUUUAAAGCUGUGGAUUUUUCAAUAUUUAUUUUUCAACCGUCAUUUAUCUUGCAUGUUGUAAAUCAAAAUGCUAAUGCCCUAAGAUCAUUCAAUUUCACAACCACGUUAGAGAGAAAAUAUUCUAAACCUACUCAGACGUAAUUUUGAAUUAAGAACCUAAACAGCCUAUACUAUGAUAAAAACUCAAUGUAAAUAGAAUAGCUAGAAAGAGAUGGUAUUCCUACUUCUAGCCAUGACCACAUCAAUGCCAAGAUUAGGAGAUAUUGGAAGAUGUGAUUACAGUAUCCUGUGCCUGCCCUUGAGGGCCUAUUUUCAGAUAUUAAGGUUAUUAUUAGAAUUGGUUCAAUAAAAUAACUUUAUCUCAAUGUUAACAAUUUUCUUAGGAUCCUUUAGACAUCUCCGUUGAUAAGGAAAAAUUAUAAAGUGAGCAAUCUCUUUAUAGACACAGCUUGUGUAUUUUUACUUUAACUUGAAGUUUAAUUACUUCAAGAGAAGCAUAAAACUUAGGAGGCUUGUGAGGCCAUAUCUAGUGUGUUACUGAUCCUGUAGUAGGGCUUGGCAUCAUAUAGUUCAGAACUGAAUUUCAAAAUUUUAACAGUUUGCAUUAGGAAACUGUUGCAUAACUACUAAGCAUAUAAAAAUUCAUAUGUACCUACAUUGGUGUGGGGUGUGUGUGUGUGUGCGUGUGUGCAUUUUUCUAGUCCUCCAAUUAAAGUUACAGAUUUUGAUUAUAUUGCAAUGAAUUGAAAACACGUUCUGUAUGCUUCAACUUCAAAUAUGUUGGCUAUGAAAAGUAUGUUUAUAGAGAGGAGAUCUGCUGAACUCACCCAAAUCACAAAGAAAAAUUAUUUUUUUGGUUAGAAUUGCUUAUUAAAUAGGGAUUGCUUCUGUUAUGAUUUAUACUUUCAAACAGAAUUUGGGGUUUUGAUCCCAUUUACUAAGAGAAUGAAAGAUAUCUGUGAGUUACAGAUAAUGAACAAAAUGAAAAAUUUCAAAUCUCACAAUUGAGAAAAUAGAGGGGGUAUAUGGCCUCUUUUAAUGUUUUCCAAAAUUUUCCGAACAUUUACUUAAUGCUGAAUUAAUUCUCAAGUGCAGAAAUAUACAUAUAAAGUGGUUUUAUGAUUCUUUCUAAGCUGAUGUAUUUUGCCUGUUAAAAAUUAUGCUGCUCAAUUAGUGUUAGAGGCCUUAUGUUUGGUAAUGACAAGUGUCUGGGCUACAUGAGUCUCUAUAUAUGCGUGCACUUUGUUCCAGUUUUUUGAUUCUUGAUCCAAAUCCUCUACGUAUAAUUGUAUCAAGUAUUCAAAAAGUAAAGGGGUCAAAGAAGAUUGUUGAAUAUCCGAGAAUUCUAAAUACCUUUACGUGUAUUUAAAAAGUACUAGGCUGUUUUGAACAUGAUUACGCUGGCGUUGUCUGCCUUUCAGCCUGACUCCUUCACUCUAGUGUCAUGGAAGUCUGUCGGAAACUUUUUUAAUAAGCCAAGUAUUGUUGUACCUUGCAAAAAAGCCUCCACUCUGAGAAACAGGGCCUUAGAGAGUGGGGAUGUUUUCAUACUGGGACUCCUGAGGUUUUGCAGAUGUGUGCAGCUGUUCCAUUUAAGGUGCCCUUAAAUGUGUAGAAUGUAAUGUGUUGAAUGUUUAUGUGUAUUGAUAAAGUAUUUAUAUGUAUGUGCAUAAAAUUGUCACAAGAUGUAUUCUCAGGAGUACUGUUACCUGGAGUUUGAAAGAAUAACUAUUUAAAAAACACAUUUGGGGAAGAUCAGGAAAAAAGUUCAAUAUAAUUAACAAUUUUUUUAUAAUCAAAAUAUUAUUGAGUAGAUGACUAAAAAUUACUAUAUAUGAUAAAUACCGAUUAGAUUAUUUCUUAAGCUAUGAUGCUUAAUGAUAUUUAUCUUGUUUAAAGGAAAAGCAAAACAGGCACCUACUUCCCGUGUAUAAAAAAUUGGACACAACCAAGAGGGUUGCUUCUUCUGAAAUUAACUUUUGAGAGACCUUGGAAUAAACAUGUAUCAUCCAUGAUAGUGGGUAUAGAUUUAUACCACUUGGAUUCAAUUAAAGCAGUUCAAAUCCUGGAUACAGCAUUUUCUAUAGCAAAAAUUUUACUUUCAUUUUUCAGUAUUUGCUGCUUUCUAUCAGUCUAUUAGAUAUUUGAUUUUUCCUAAAAAGGAAACUGAGCUAUUGAGGGCACUGGGACAAGUCACUAAGAACCACAGUGUCAAAAGGCAUAAUUGGGCAUGACAGUGGUGAAAAAAAAGAAAUAUUUGGUGCUUGGGUGUUAGUUAGGGCCUGUUGCACAGGCUGGGAAUAACUGGCUUGCUAUUUCAUGCCUGCAAGAGAACAUAAGGCAGGGUGACAUCUCCUCCCUUCUUUGAUAUCUGUCCCUUUAGUCCAUAAAGAACAUUCUUCACUCUGCUGCCUAGCUCUAAGACUAUCUAAGAUGAGACUAAGGUGUUUAUAGGGACCAACCGGGAAGAAAAGGUCGUAAGUGGAAUUACAGUCCAAAAUGCAAACUAAAUACCCUUCCUCAAGUUAUACGGGAUACGUUAUUAAGUCUCUGGAAUUUGCUGCUAUCACACCGAGUCAUGCUGUUGCCCUGUGACCUCACACUUCCAAUUCCAUGGCCUUGUCUUGGCAGUGAGUAGAAAGUCCCACUUCCUCAUUUACUUUAGUGGGUCUUAACUGCAGCAUUUCAGAAACACAGUUUGGUUUGACACUCAGGACAAUAAAAACCAAGGGCAGAAUGUAUUUGGAAAAGCUUAAGACAAAUUUACUUAUAUUAUUUCAGGAUCAUUUAGCAUUACAGAUCAAUGUACCUCCAUAAUAUUUUUCAAUAGUCACUGUGACUGCAGGAUGAAAAUCCUUUAUUAGCCAUUUUAUAGGUAAAAACAAAAGAUUGAUUACACAGCCAACUUCCCUCAGAUGACUUUGAAGUCUGUUAUGAAUACUGAAUGACCAAAGAGCAUGGGAAAAAAUGCAUAUGAAUAAAUACUGAAACGUUUAUGAAAGAUAUUUAUGAAAGAUAUUAAGACCUCUGUGUUUGAAUAUGCACAUAUAAUAAAAUAAAGCUAAAAACAUUUAAGAUGCC